CGCACAGAACAGAUGGUCGAUAAAAUGGACCAGGACUUGAAGACGAGUCAAAGGCACAUAAACAGCAUUAAAAGUGUUUGGGGGGGCUUGGUAAACUACUUCAAAGCCAAACCUCCAGAGAGCAAGCCAGAGCAGAAUGGAACCCCUGAAUAUUAUGCUAACAGUAGAUUAAAAGAAGCAAUGAUGUCUAGUAAAGAACAAGAGUCAAAAUACCAGGAAAGUCAUCCAAAUUUAAGGAAACUAGAUAACUCAGAUUUAGUUUCUUCAGUGCAAAGGGAUUCCUAUCCAAAGAACCAACACCUGCGAGCUUACCACCAGAAAAUUGAUAACAACUUAGAUGAGAUGUCUUCUGGGUUGAGUCGUCUGAAAAACCUAGCUCUUGGCCUGCAGACAGAAAUAGAUGAGCAAGAUGAUAUGCUGGAUCGGCUAACAAAAAAAGUAGAGACACUGGACGUCAAUAUUAAAAGCACUGAUAAAAAAGUCCGACAACUUUAA